UACACAUAUUAAUGUGUCAUAUAUAAAUCCUUGCCAACUUUCGGUAAAAACCAUAAAUCUCCACAAAUUCGUUUUGUCUGCCAACAAGAAAGCGAAAAAAAAUACCAUUCACACCCACACCAGCCGAACAUACACCUCCAGCUGCAAAAAGAAUUGCAAAGUUACCUUAUAAAAACCCAACAAAAACGAAAAAAAAACAAGCAAAACCGAAAACAACCAAAUCCACUCACCCAAGCUAAAAACAAGGAACCGGAAACAAGGUUGUGUUGUUGUGCGCUCACCAACAGCGGAAGCGUAAUGUUACGCGUCUUUGGCAAUUUUCGUUAUCUGCAAAAAGUGUGCGGUGGCUUUGUUCAAAACCAAGCAACGUGAAACUUAUGGCUAUGAACAAACACAAAGGCUUGCAAGCAUUUUAACAUGUGUGUGUGUGUGUGUGUGCGAGUGUGAGUGAAAGAGUGAAUAAAUACAUGUGUGUGUUCAUAUGCGUAUGUGAUAGACUGUGUGCUUCCAAGCAUUUUUAAAAGGAUCUCUUGCACUUCGUACUUAAUUUAAAGUUACAUUCCCAAAGGAUAUGCUACAUGCUCCAGCCCACAAACAAGUUUGCCAAAUUCUAGAACGCUCUAUCCAAGGAUUUAACGAAAAUCCCUAGAAACCAGCAAAAGCAUCUACCACAACAUUGUCAGUGAUAAUUUCACCCCCCCCCCUCUACAUUCCAGAGAAGCUACAACUACCAGAAAUAGCACUGGAAAUUCUAAGUCAACUUCAAGACCGCCCCUUGAAUGUAAUGCAUUAAAUGCAUUGCAAUGGACUUGAAAUCCGGUACAUUACUCGUACCACCGGCUGUUAAAAAUUCAAGUUGUUCACAUCCCCGCUAUACGAGCCAUAAUUUCCUGCAGCACGUUGGCAUUGCCGAAACCAUUGAAGCCGUACUCAUACUCAUACUGACCUUGGGUGUCAUAGGAGCCAAUGCCCUGGUGAUAUUUGUCAUAAACAACAGACGCUAUUCGCCUUAUAUACAUCAGCAGCCUCGUUACUUGCUAACAUCGUUGGCCUUAAAUGACCUUACCAUCGGUUUGCUUAUCACGCCAUUUGGUCUGCUGCCAGCACUCUUUCAUUGUUGGCCUUAUGGUGAAAUCUUUUGCCAAAUUCAGGGUUUACUGCGAGGAGCUCUGUCCCAACAAAGUGCUGUCAUCCUUAUAUGCAUGGCGGUCGAUAGAUACAUGUGUUCGCUACAUCCACGCCGUUACUAUCAGCAUUCUAGUAAAAAGGGCUGUGUAGCUGUACUCAGUUUAACUUGGAUAAUAAGCCUGACAAUAUUUGGAUUUCUAGUGCUGCCCAAAGGCUAUUAUUUCAAUAACACUGGCCUCAUGGCCUGUGAGCCUUUUUAUAGCAAAGCCUCAUAUCGAAUAUUGGCCACAUGUGGCUUCUAUUUUCCCACCACCAUGGUUUUGAUGUACUGCUAUGGCUCCAGUUUUCAUAUGAGCCGUUUCACCCUCAACGACCCCACAAUGCCGUUGACAUCGGCCAUUCAACAUCCAGCCUAUCAGCAACAAUUCUAUCAUCCCUAUCAUUCACAUCUGCACAUGAUGCAGCAACAUCAUCAGCAACAACAGCAACAGCUUCAACAACAACAACAGCAGCAGCAAUUGCAUCAUCAGCAACAACAACAACAACAUCACCAACUAAAAAGAGGUGACAGCACUGGCAGUGGUCCCGGAGGAGGAGGUGGCAGUAUAGGUGGUGCCAGUAUGGGAAUGACUGCCAGCAUGGAUGGAGGGCCCAUGGGCUGUGUGAGUACGCCCACCACAAUGCUGCCACAAACACCAAUCAUGAAUCUUGGCAUGGCCAUGGGCAUGGGUUUGAAUUUUGCUGGUAAUACCAUAACGAAAAAGAUUGCACCGCCAACACGAGAGAAGAAAUCAAGUGGAGCAACAUCACGUUCAAUGGCUGCCAUAUCGUUGGGUUUCAUUGUUAUGGUAACACCAUGGACCAUACAGGAAAUUGUGGCCACAUGUACGGGGUCAAAGUUACCUCCCUUUUUGGAUUUUGUGGUCACCUGGACGGCCUUAAGCAAUAGUUUUUGGAAUCCUUUCAUCUAUUGGCUGCUGAAUGAUGAUUUUAGGCGUGUAAGCAAAAAACUGAUGAUGCCAUUGCGGUGCAAACGUCAGGAGGAUACCCCCGAAAGUAAAUCACCCUGUUGUCACAUAAAUUCCGAUUUAGAAAUCACCACUUUGCCCAUGCCGCCAGAACCACCCACCUCAAGACCACCACAAAACAGCAGUGGUAAUAAUGGUGGUGGUGGUGGUGGUGGGGGUAGUGGCAAAGGCCACCUAUCCCUAAGCUCUAUGAAAGGCGGCUCUGUCUUAGGCAUAUGUGCUCGAGGACGCAGUAAUAGCCUGAAUCGUUCAUUUCAUAUUAAAAAUGCCGGCUUGCAUUCCCACCACACCCAUAUGCGUCCCGAUAUUGAAGGGCUUUCCGAGAAAUAUUGGGGCGAAAUACUAGAGCGCACUGUUAGCUCGAAUAGCUUGCAUGCGGCCAUGCAAAAGUCAUACGCCCCCACGGCCACACAUUUGUAUCAUCCGCAUGCCUAUCAUCCGCCCACUGCAAAUGUUGGCAACACCAUGACAACAUCGUUCAGCAAACACAGUGAUCUAAACUUGCACAUCAGCGAGCAGGAUGAUGUACUGGUGGAUGCGGGCAACACCAACAUGAUGAUGACGACGCCCGGGACGGGCAGUGAUCUCAAUAAAUUCUCCACUUCAGAGCCCAAACUGUUUGACGCCGAAGAAGAUGAAUAUGGCCAUGAGGCGCAGUGUGCCAAAACGAAAGCCAAUACAGAGGCCAAUCGCUCUUUGGGUGCGAUGGUGGACACUGCGGCCACAGCGAACAAUGGACGUGGUAACCAGCCGGACAUUUAGUACGCAGAGGAUGUGAUACAGGCCAAUACAAAAUCCCAAAAUGCAUGUAAAAUGGCCAGCGAGGCGGCAGCAGCCAUCAGCGCCACCACUACUGCGACUGAUGGCCAUGGAGUGAAGCCUACUACAUUUUUAACCCUCUCCCGGAGUACAUGUCGUUCCCCGGCAGCAGCAACACAGUUUAUGCCGCACUUACGCAAAUCAGCCACAUUGACUCGUCGCCCACUGCCCGCCAUGCCACCAUGUCUGCGUCACAGUAAAUUUUUAAGUAGGAGUACAAUAAUCACAGCUCCUUCCAAGGAACACCAGCACCUACACCACAACCACCCACACUUAGUGAGACUUGCCUCUCCACAACCACCGAAAUUUUUGGCCAUUGCCUUGCCUCUGGCCGAAUACCGGAAAUGAAAUAUCAUUGCAAAUCCGCCGAUGACAUGGCAUCACCCAUGAUGUUGAUGUCCCUGUUUUUUUUGGUUUGUUUAUUUCUAUGUAGGCCCAUAUUUUUGAACGAUUCUGGUUUAUGCAAGUGUUUUAAAGCCACAUGAUGAUGGCCCGCAUGAUGAUGUCAUUGGAGCCAUGUUGCGAUUUGCUGCACAUCCGGAUGCCAUGUAUUUUACUCUUCAUUUGUUACAGCAUCCGUUUGGUAUGUUUGACUUUGGACCUUUGGUUUUGGUUUGGUGGCCUAAGCCAUGUUUGUUUUCCAUUAUUUGGGUUUUUUUUUCGGUUGUCAUAUCACCACUACCCUCACUACCAUUAUCUUGUAAAUAAUUGUGUAUGUAUUGUAUUGUGUGUAUUUGUAGGUAUGGUAUAUGUGUAUUUACAUCUAAAUGUGUGUCUAUA